AGUUUAGCACUACAAUAUCGUCGGCGUAGGCAUCCUCAAAUUUUUCCACCUGUCAUUUGCCCAGUUUUCUUCUUCACAAACAUUACAGUCUACAGAAACAGUAGGAACCUUCGGCUAUGGCUAUCCGGAACUUGCUGACCCGAAAAACCUUAGCAACUUCACCACUAGGGAUGCUAGGGUUUCGCAGCCUGAAGACCUUCUCGCUUCCUGAUCUCCCAUACGACUAUGGAGCCCUUGAGCCGGCUAUUAGCGGCGAAAUCAUGCAGCUGCACCAUCAGAAGCAUCAUCAGACUUACAUAACUAAUUACAAUAAAGCCCUUGAACAGCUCGAUGAUGCAAUGUCCAAGGGCGAUGCCUCGACUGUUGUCAAGUUACAGAGUGCCAUCAAGUUCAACGGCGGAGGUCAUGUGAAUCAUUCAAUUUUCUGGAAGAAUCUUGCCCCUAUUCGUGAAGGUGGUGGUGAGCCUCCCAAGGGUUCUUUAGGUUGGGCUAUCGACAAUAACUUUGGUUCCUUGGAAACUUUAAUACAAAAGAUGAAUGCAGAAGGUGCUGCUUUACAGGGCUCCGGAUGGGUGGUAAGUUCUCUGUGGCUUGGUGUGGACAAAGAGUUGAAGCACCUGGUAGUUGAAAGCACUGGAAAUCAGGAUCCUCUCGUAACUAAAGGACCAAGUUUGAUCCCUCUGCUUGGUAUUGAUGUCUGGGAGCAUGCAUACUAUUUGCAGUACAAAAAUGUGAAACCGGAUUAUCUGAAGAACAUAUGGAAAGUCAUGAACUGGAAAUAUGCAAGCGACGUGUAUGAUAAAGAGUGCCCUGAAUCUUGAUGUGUGAAACUUGGUAAUGCUGGAAUCCUACUCUUAUAUCAGUGUCUAGAAGGAUAAGAAUAAGCGAAGGAGGCCCUCCCCCUUUUUUUGCUGCUUGUUUGCUUGUUAAUACAAUGAUGCACGAAAAGUACAUAAAAUGCUGUGUUCAUUUCCAUGUUUAUUGAGCUCUAAAUUACCCGCAUA